GGGUGGUGGUGCAUUAUGUAAACUUGGGAUGAAAAAAAAUUUCCGUCCCAUCCAGCCCAGUGCGCUCAAGGUUCGUUACCCUGGGCUACAUACACAACGUUGCAACGUUCCAACGAGGCCGCAGCUCGUACGUCAUCCCGCCACGUGAAGGUAGUGGUGAUGAAGUCGAUAGGCAAGUAAUAUAAUUGGGUGAGGUCACAUACGUGCCUCUACAUACCAUACAUACGUACAUACAUACAACCUACCUACGGAUGUACGCGUAUAUAUGUGCGUAGAUGCAGACGCGCAUGUGACGUCGCAUUCGCUCACGCCCCGUAUCCGAAGGACACCCACCCCCGAGCAGCCCGAAGAGGAAGGCGUUGGGACCGGAUCAAGACUGCCGGGGGGGCGAGGCGCACACGGGACGGGACGGCCGCGUCGUAUCGGCAGGCGAGGCGGGAAGUCCAAGUUUUGCGAGUGGGCGGUUGCGAAGGGUUGGGGCGCGCGUCCCACCGCGCAGAUUAUUGCCUACCUGGUCGAAAGGGUCGCCGCGCCGGCGCGCCGUCUGGCCCAUCCGAUAUCCCCCCCCCCGUCACCUCACUUGCCACCAUCGUCCGCGGCAGCAAAGCAGCAGCAGCAGCAGCAGCCAGCACAAGCAGCAAGCAGCAACGACGCCGCCUCGCCAAUCCAGCCAGACGGGGGAGGCCGGGGGACGAGGCGAGAAGGGGCGCCACGACUGAGUGAGGAAGGAAGAGAGGAGAUCGCUCCCGGGGGGCCCUCUUCGCGAGGCAGAGCCCGGCCGUUCCAACCAACGAAUCGAGCCCCGACUAGCCCGCCUCGCGAGACGCCAACACGGGGAUUUCGGCUGGCUGGCGGCGGCGGCGGUGGAGGCGGUAGAGGAGGAGGAAGGAGGAGGAACGGGAGACGGAGAGAAGAGGCGAAAGAGAAUGGGGGGGGCUUUAAAAAAAAAAAAGGUCGGACUAGAUAGAUAUAGGUAAAGGGAACGUGUGCGUAGAGUCCUGGGCUUAGACCUAAGUCGGUAAAAGGGGGGGAAA